AUGAUCCAGGGGAAGACGAUCGGCUUUCUGGGAUACGGCGCUCUGGGUAGACAGUCCGCUAGACUUUUCAAAGCGUUUGGUACCAAUAUCAUCGCCGCCAAUACCUCUGGGAAGGCGACACCUCAGGAUAACUAUGUGAUCCCAGGUACUGGAGACGCAGAUGGGUCUCUGCCAUCGCGGUACUACGCUACAUCAGACCAAGAAUCUGUUGAGCAAUUUCUGAAGCAGUCGGACAUUUUGAUUUCUAGUCUCCCUAACACUAAGGCGACUGCUAACUUCCUGGACAGCCGAAAGCUCUCACUUAUGCCCAAGGGAGCUGUCUUCAUCAAUGUUGGGCGAGGAAAUGUCAUUUCUUCAGAGGAGCUACAGAAGGCUUUGGACGUGCCAAGAGCGCUUCUUGGAGCUGCAAUCGAUGUUACCGAUCCAGAGCCAUUGCCUGAUAAUCAUUAUUUAUGGUCACAUCCCAAACUACUCAUCACUCCUCAUUUAUCUGGAGACACGGAAAAUGAGCUGGGUAUCGCUGCGGACAUUUUUAUUGCCAAUGCUGAAAGAAUAGCAACUGGACAGAGUAUCUAUAACCAAGUCCGGUUCGAGCGAGGCUACUAG